AUGCUGAGCAUUCGAGCGGUCGCCGCACCCUUGCGGCGCCAAUGCCUAGCCACUGCUCCUCGAGCCUCCGCAACUUUAUCUUUCCAGAACCAAAGAUUCUACUCGGACAAAGUCGCUAAGUUUACCGGUGUAAAGGCUUCUGAUGGUCGCUACCCUGUUAGUAUUAUCGAGGGUGAUGGUAUUGGACCUGAGAUUUCGCAAGCCGUCAAAGACAUUUUCGAGGCUGCCAAGACACCUAUCAGCUGGGAACCUGUCGACGUCACACCUAAGCUUGUAGACGGAAAGACUACUAUCCCUUCCGAGACAAUUGAGAGCAUCCAAAGAAACAAGGUUGCCCUUAAGGGUCCUCUUGCUACUCCCGUCGGCAAGGGACACGUCUCGCUUAACUUAACUCUCCGACGAACAUUCAACCUCUUCGCUAACUUGCGACCCUGCCGAUCCAUCGCCGGCUUCAAGACUGCGUACGACAAUGUCGAUACCGUCCUGAUCCGAGAAAACACCGAGGGUGAAUACUCCGGCAUUGAGCAUGUUGUUGUCGAUGGCGUCGUCCAGAGCAUCAAGCUCAUUACCCGCGAAGCCAGCGAGCGCGUCCUACGAUUUGCUUUCCAACACGCCGAGGAAAUCGGCCGAAAGAAGGUCCGCGUCGUACACAAGGCCACCAUCAUGAAGAUGUCCGAUGGUCUUUUCCUUAAGACUGCUCGCGACGUUGCCAAGGACUUCCCCAGCAUCGAGUUCGACGCUGAGCUACUAGACAAUACCUGCUUGAAGAUGGUUACCGACCCUCUCCCGUACAACGACAAGGUUCUCGUCAUGCCCAACUUGUACGGUGAUAUUCUGUCCGAUAUGUGCGCCGGUCUGAUUGGUGGUCUGGGUCUUACGCCCUCGGGUAACAUCGGUGACGAGUGCUCCAUCUUCGAGGCCGUGCACGGAUCUGCUCCGGAUAUCGCUGGUAUGGGUCUAGCCAACCCCACCGCCCUGCUUCUCAGCUCCAUGAUGAUGUUGAGACAUAUGGGCUUGACCGACUAUGCGAACAGAAUUGAAAAGGCUACAUUCGAUACCCUGGCGGAAGGAAAGUCGCUGACUGGCGAUUUGGGCGGAAAGGCGAAGACUCACGAGUAUGCGGCGGCUAUCAUUUCCAAGUUGUAG